AAUAAAGUUUAUGACACAAAUAGUUAUCAUUUGAAUAUUGAUAUGAAUCCAUAUGAUAACAACAACAAUAACAAAUUGAAUACCGAAUAUCUUAAUGCUACCGGUGCUUCACUGUCAUGGCAUAAUAUAGAUGUGUUCAGUAAAGGCGAGGGUACAGUCAUACCGUUUCUCAAGAAAAACAACAAAGAAGCGGUUCAUAUACUCAAAAAUGUAAGUGGUCAGGCAAAACCGGGACACUUGAUGGCCAUAAUGGGAUCGAGCGGUGCGGGUAAGACAACACUGAUGAAUGUGUUGACCCAACGAAACAUAUCCAGUGUUAAGAUUGACGGUUCGGUUAAAUUGAAUGGCAAAGCGAUCGAUAUGAAUACCAUUAAACAAGUGUCGGCUUAUGUACAACAAGAGGAUCUGUUUAUUGGAACACUGACCGUUAGGGAACACCUAAAAUUUCAGGCCCGGCUCCGAAUGGAUCCACUGUUAUCGGCCACCGAUCGGGAAGAUAAGGUCCAGAAAGUGGCAUUAGAGUUAGGGCUUAUAAAAUGUAUUGAUGCAACUAUUGGUACCCCUGAAACCAAAAAGGGUAUAUCCGGUGGUGAGAAAAAACGAUUGGCAUUUGCAUCGGAGCUAUUAACUGAUCCGUCGAUUAUGUUUUGCGACGAACCGACCUCCGGAUUGGACUCGUUUAUGACACUAAAUGUUGUCGAAGUAUUACGCAAUAUGGCUGCCAAUGGUAAGACAAUUAUAUGUACAAUACAUCAGCCGUCAUCCGAGGCGUUUGCACUGUUCAAUCAGUUACUACUUAUGGCUGACGGACGGGUAGCCUAUUUGGGAAAAGCAGAAACUGCGCUUGAUUACUUUUCCAAAUUGGGACUUAACUGUCCAAAUAACUAUAAUCCGGCUGAUUUUUAUAUCAAACAGUUAGCUGUUAUACCGGGUGAGGAAAAACAAUCCAAAAUGAAAGCAAAUGAAAUUUGCAACAAAUUUGCCGAUAGUAAUUAUGCACAAUUAUCGAUGCCAUCCGAUACACAUAACAAUAAAUCAAGCAAUAGUAACCCUAAUUUCGGUAGCCGACUACUGGCCACACAAUACAAAACCAAUUGGUUUAUACAGUUUGGGCAACUGUUGUGGCGAUCAACGACCACAACAUUCAGGGAUCAACUAUUGACGCGUAUACUUAUAGCACAGGCAGCUAUUAUUGCCAUAAUAUUUGGUUUAAUUUAUUUACAAUUGGAUCUGGAUCAAGUAGGCAUUACCAAUAUUAACGGUGCAUUGUACCUGUUGCUUAUGAACAUGAAUUUGACCAGUUUGUUUGGUGUAGUCAAUACAUUUUGUGCGGAAAUACCUAUAUUUCAUAGGGAUCAUGAAAACGGUAUCUAUAGGGUUAGCUCAUAUUUUUUGGCCAAAAUGAUAGCCGAGUUACCCACUUAUAUAUUCAUACCGUCCCUAUUUGUCUGUAUAUUUUAUUUUAUGGUUGGCCUCAACAGUAAUGUCGGUGCAUUUUUCUACUGUCUGCUAAUAUGCAUACUCAUAGCUAACAGUGCAACCAGUUUUGGUUAUUUGAUAUCGUGUUUAAGCAAAAACGUAACAAUGGCACUGACCAUUGCACCGGCAAUUUUGAUGCCUCUAAUGAUAUUUGGCGGAUUUUUUCUAAACAAUGACUCAAUACCUGAUUAUUUUAUCUGGAUAAAAUAUAUAUCGUGGUUCUAUUAUGGCAAUGAGGCACUGGUUAUCAAUCAAUGGCUGGACAUUACUAGUAUUCCCUGUCCCGGACAACAGUCGGCCAACAGUACGGUAAUCACGUGUAUACCCGACGGCCGAUCGGUAAUCAAAAUGCUUAACUUUGAUGUCGACAAUUUUGGUCGCGAUCUAUGGAUUUUAGUGGCCAUUAUUGUUUUGCUAAGAUUAUUGGCAUACAUUGUACUGUGGAUUAAAUCGCUGAGACAAUAG